AUGGACAAGGUUUCGUCUCGGCAGGAGUACAUUGGACCAUCAUGGAGCUGGAUAAAUCCGGUCAUGAAGCAGCAAUAUAUAGAGUGGGAUGAAUCAACAGCGACUGCUGCGUGCGACAUCAUUGAAGCGGAGUCGGUCGUGGAAGGGAAAAAUCGGUUCGGCUGCGUCCAAUCUGCACAUAUUCUAAUCAGAGGGCGAUCACAGUCUCUUCCUGGUCCGACUCUGUAUGAGAAGAUCCGCUCGGGGUUUAAGAGACGGUACUGGACAGCAGGAGACAGCGGUUACUUUACCGCGGAAUGUGAACUCGACUGGUAUGUGAACGAAGACCUCGAAGAUGUUAUGGAGGAAGAGCAAGAGGAAGGCGAUGACAAGGCAUACCCCAAGAGACGCGUACUAACAGCUGCUUCUGCCAGCUGGCUGAAUGACCUGGUGAUGCUUUUGGUUGGACAAGGCUCAGAGGAUAAGACCAUGAAUGGCCUUCUGAUUGUUCGAGCGGAGAAGGAGAACGAAUGGUACCGCGUUGGAGUUUUUCGUAACUUAUUAGACAAGAGGGAAGGUAAAGACCCUCUUCAAAAUUGGGAAACGGGUACUUUCAAGCUUGUCUAA